AUGGCGGCCAUUGAAUUGCGUGCUGCAGACUCACCUGCCCAGGACGUCAAUCAGUCGGUGCACAUUAUCAACUAUGUCACCCAGUCGUUGUGUCUCGUCUUCAUGACCGUCUUUUUCUUCCUGCGGGUGUAUGCUCGUAUGAAGGUUCUCAAUGGGUUUGCUAUUGAAGAUUGGUUUUGUCUGGGCGCAUAUAUUCUCGGAGUAUGCUACUCGAUCAUUGCUCUCAUCAUGGGCUAUUUCGGCGGAGGCCUCCAUAUCAAGGACGUCCCCCCUGACCAUGUAAUUCCCUUCAACAAGACAGUCUACGUAACGAUGGUCAUGUACGGCCCAACCGCCUUCCUCACCAAGAUCUCCAUCCUCUGGAUCAUGACCCGCGUCUUCGCCCCCAACAGGAAGGCCAUCUACUUCAUCUACGCGCUGCUCGGCAUCAUGCUGGCGUACUACAUCCCCGCCGUCAUCGUCAAGAUCCGCAUCUGCUCGCCCAUCUCGCGUUUCUGGUUGGGCGCUUCCGUCGGAGGCACCUGUCUGAACGAAGGGUCCAUUAUCCUGGCGGAUGCGGUCAUCAGCGUCAUCAGCGAUUUGACGAUUCUGCUGCUCCCGCUGCCGCUGACAAUGAGUCUGCAGAUGGCCAUGAAGAAGAAGCUGCGGGUUAUCGGCAUCCUGGGUGCGGGCGGGCUGGCGGUCGCGUCCAGUAUCAUCCGGCUGGCGUUCAUCGUGCAGUUUGGCAAUUCGCCGGAUUCGACGUAUGCAUUUAUGCGCAUCAACAUGUUUGGCAACGCCGAGAUCAGCAUCGGCAUCAUCUGCGCCUGUCUCCCCGCCCUAUCGGCCCUCAUCUCGACGUACGUCCGCGAAUACUCUUCCAACAAAGCGACCUCGUCUUCGCAGCCGCACGAAAUGAGCAAGCUAAGCCGGACGAGCAAGACGAGAAGCCAAGGCCGCACCGAUGUAAGCAAAGGUAGUCGACACCGGAUGAGCAUCACCGAGGGCGGGUCCGACAAGGACAUCUUGAUCAGCAACGCCCAGGGCGAGCCGCGCAUCGAGACCUCCAUCCAGAGCGAUGCGGAUCUGCCGUCUCAGCGUCGACGACGGGGGUCCGUGGAUGGGAUGGGGAUUGUGAAGACGGUGGAUCUGUCGACAACGAUUAUGUCUGUGGCUGUCUUGUUGAAUACCCGCAGUUAUGGCUGUUUGUGA